CGCUCCUACACCUCGCCGGGCCUGCUGCUAUCAUGAUUGUUCCCAUCAACAUCUCGCUCUCGUCCACAUCAAACAACGACAACACCUUUCCGCCGCCGCUUGCACAAUUUGGAAGCGAAGGCCUCGUCCUCAUCGAGUUGCAAGGCAAGCUGGACGUGGCUGGAGACAACGAGGGUCAAACAAUCGGGACACUGCGAAUCGAUGAGGCUACAAAGAAGCCGACUCUGCUGAUCGGACACCAUCUUUUGGAGGGCAAGCUGGUGAACUUGCCAAAACCACUCGCUUCCAGCAACAAAGUCGUUGCGGAUGCGUUGGAUACCAUUCCAGACGGGGAUGUAUCUCCGAGGCUCGCCCAACCUACCAGUUGGGACGUGAUAGCUGUGGUGAAGCGCAAGAUGGUCUUCUCUAGGCGACCAAUGCCAAUGGUGGGAAAGGUGUCGAUGGGUGCACCUGAAUCGAAAGGAGGAACGAAAUCCAAAUAGGGGGCAGGAUGCAGGAAGUGAAGUUGUAUCAUCACUUGUUUUGUUGUCUAUGCUGUCCUCGCUUUUUUUGCUCUCAAAGGUUUGGUUCGGG